AUGAUGCUGUCUAAACUUCUCUGCAACAGCCACAUGACGGUCAUGUAUGGCGAUGAUGAUGGUGGUGUUGAUGAUAAUGAUGGUGAUAUUGAUGAUAAUGAUGGUGGUGGUGAUGCUGCUGCUACUGAUGAUGAUGAUGAUCAUGACGAAGACGAUGGUGGUGGUGAUGGUGUUGAGGAUGAUGGUAUCCCCAAUCCCACCCAACCUCUCGGUAUCCCCAAUCCCACCCCAACCUCUCGGUAUCCCCAAUCCCACCCCAACCUCUCGGUAUCCCCAACCCCACCCCAACCUCUCGGUAUCCCCAACCCCAUCCCAACCUCUCGGUAUCCCACCCCCACGCCAACCUCUCUGUAUCCCCAGCCCCCACCCCAACCUCUCGGUAUCCCACCCCCACCCCAACCUCUCGGUAUCCCCAACCCCACCCCAACCUCUCGGUAUCCCCAGUCCCACCCCAACCUCUCUGUAUCCCCAGCCCCCACCCCAACCUCUCGGUAUCCCCAACCCCACCCCAACCUCUCGGUAUCGCCAGCCCCCACCCCAACCUCUCGGUAUCGCCAGCCCCCACCUCAACCUCUUGGUAUCCCACCCCCACCCCAACCUCUCGGUAUCCCCAGCCCCCACCCCAACCUCUCGGUAUCCCCAACCCCACCCCAAGCUCUCGGUAUCCCCAGCCCCCACCUCAACCUCUUGGUAUCCCACCCCCACCCCAACCUCUCGGUAUCCCCAGCCCCCACCCCAACCUCUCUGUAUCCCCAACCCCACCCCAAGCUCUCGGUAUACCCAGCCCCACCCCAACCUCUCGGUAUCCCCAGCCCCCACCCCAACCUCUCUGUAUCCCCAACCCCACCCCAACCUCUCGGUAUCCCCAGCCCCCACUCCAAGCUCUCGGUAUCCCCAGCCCCCACCCCAACCUCUCGGUAUCCCCAGCCCCACCCCAACCUCUCAGUAUCCCCAAUCCCACCCCAAGCUCUCGGUAUCCCCAGCCCCCACCCCAACCUCUCGGUAUCCCCAGCCCCCACCCCAACCUCUCGGUAUCCCCAGCCCCAAAGCUGUUACGAACAGUGA